GCCACUACGAAACGGGCGCUUGGUUAGAGAGGUCAAAGUGUUUACAACACGAAGAAAAAGUGUGGCAUAGUGCGUGAUAGUGACAUCGACAGUCUCUAAAGCUUUCCAAUUUGCUAAAUCUGGAUCAUCAUGGCUGUCAAGGCUUCUGUUUGGCAAGAUAUUGUCUCUAAGAAACGUGACAUUCAAUUUACAGCUAUCAACUCCUUCAGAUCAGGAACGAGUCAGGUGAAUCAAUCUGUGUGUGAAAACCCUAAUAUAGAUGACCUACUGGAAUUGUAUCAUUCUGGUGAUGUCAAUAUUGAGCAAGUCAUACGAUCCUAUAUUGCGAGUGCUAUCAGUGCACACAAGAAGACAAAUUGUUUGACCGAGGUUCUUUUCGAGCAUGCUAUUGAGAGUGCAAAAGCUUUAGAUGCAAACGGUGAGCCUAGUCCGCUGAGGGGCGUUCCGAUGACCCUCAAAGACCAGUUCAAUGUCCAGGGUUUCGACAGCACAAUUGGCUACGUCGGGCGGGCCUUACGUCCAGCUAGGAACGAUGCUAUACUUGUAGAAAUGCUACGGGGACUCGGAGCCGUCAUACUGGCAAAAACAAAUUUACCACAAUCAAUCAUGUGGUGUGAGACGGAAAACCCCCUUUGGGGUCUGACGACAAAUCCUUCAGCGCCCGGCUACACGCCUGGUGGUUCAACUGGAGGCGAAUCGGCUCUUUUGGCUUUGAAAGGAACUAUGGUUGGCUGGGGUACUGAUAUUGGUGGCAGUAUAAGAAUUCCGUCACAUAUGAUGGGGCUGUACGGACUGAAACCCAGUAGCUCUCGUCUCCCUUAUACUGGGGUGCCCGUUUCCACUGAAGGCCAAGAACAUGUCCCAUCAUCGGUUGGACCCAUGGCAAGGAGUUUGUCAUCAAUCACACAUGUCAUGAAGAGCCUCAUUGAUGCUCAGCCGUGGAAAUACGACGCUCGAUGUGCCCCAAUACCGUGGCGACAUGACAUCUAUGACUCAAGUGUGUCACGGCCACUCACCAUAGGUGUUUUGUUCGACGAUGGUGUCGUGCGCCCACAUCCCCCAAUUACGCGCGUACUUAAGUCCGCGGUCGAAGCAUUAAGAAAAGCAGGCCACGAUAUCAUGGAAUGGGACGCAUCAUUACAUCCUGAGUGUAUCGAAGUUAUGGAUACAUUCUACUCAGCUGACGGUGGCGAGGAUGUUCGCACUGAUGUGGAAGCUGGUGGCGAACCGUACAUACCUCAUGUCGAAAGACUGGUAAACAGAGGAAAGGCGAUAAGUGUGUAUGAGUACUGGCAGCUCAACAAAAAGAAGUGGGCUCUUCAGCAGGCUUACCUCGAGAAAUGGAAGCGCAUGACAAGCCCGGCCACUGGACGAAAUGCGGACGUUAUCAUCAUGCCACCAAUGCCACAUGCAAGCGUGCCACAUGGCGGCUGUAGAUGGGUGGGCUAUACAAAGGUAUUCAACGUUCUCGACUAUUCGGCAUUGGUUAUUCCUGGUGGCGACAUAAAGCAGGAAGAUACAGAGACUUCAUGGGAGUUUGAACCGCGAAAUGAGAUGGAUGAGUGGAAUAUGCAACUGUGGCGGAAACACAGGGAAGAGAUGGUCAAACUACGACUUCCUGUAGGCGUGCAGAUCAUUGCUCGGAAACUUGAGGAAGAGAAGGUUCUGGCAGUAGGAAAAGUCCUUGACGAUCUCCUCCGUUGCACCUCUCCGUAGUUGCAUUUUCGAAGAGCUUGCUUCUAUUGAUUAAUUUACAAC